AUGGCGUCAGAAUGGUUUAUCCCUGAAUCUCAAGGAACGUGUGUUUCAAGCUACAGUGCGGGUUGUUUUGUUGUAUGGCAUGGCUACUUGGUUUAUUCGAGAAGCGGAAUGGAGACGUGUUCAGUUAUUAUACAAUUCCAGUGUAGCCCGCGGUGGUUGUGCAAGGGUACUUCCAUUGAAGAAUGUGUCCAGCACCAGAAGCUGCGUUGGGUGGAACAUGUGUUGCGUAUCCCUUGCCAUCGUUUGGCGAAGAGAGUGCUGUUUUCCAUGCCCAAUUCAGAGUGGCGUAAACAGAGAGGUGGCCAACCCUUGACUUGGCAGGGGAACGAGUCAGGUCACAUUGGACAACAGCCUGCGAAAGCAUACUGGGGGAGUCCACAUCUAACAAGCAUGUACGCCUGCAAAGUGCUGCUACAAGACUGGGUGGCAUCAAACCCAACGGCUCAUGCGUUCAGGUGGACUGGCUGGGGAUGUAAUUAUUUCUCGAAUCGGAAAGGCCAGGGAUGCUUUUUUCAACGUCCGACACCUAUGGGUCCAACUUGGCCUCAGUUUGUGUCAGAGGAAGAGUUUACGCUACGGUGGUGCGAUCCAUACUGCUCUAUGGAUCAGAGACGUGGCCCCUACGCGCAGAGGACAUCUCACCUGGUCAGCUCUAUAAGUUUCGGUGGAUUGGUUGGAGAUGAGAUUAUUUCUCGAAUCGUAAAGGCCACGGCAGAUUUCGCCAACCUCCGACACCUAUGGCGCCGACGUGACACGAGUUUGUCAAGGGAAGAACUUACACCGCGGUAG